ACAGCAGACAGUGAUAGAUUGGGGUUAUAUUUUCACAGUUGAGCAACUUGCCAUUGGAUAAAGCAUGCCCUUCCUCAAGGAUCUUCUGGCAAAGGUGUGCGGUAUUGUCUCCUCAACUAAUUAUAGCCAUCCUUUGCCAGUUGAGUUUGAUGGUCUCCGCACGAAUUUCCACCCGAAGAAGGCUCCUAGGAGACAGGCCACCUCCCUCUCCACCCUCUACAUCCUGGAUUACACCUCCCGAGCAGGAGAGCUGGGCCUGGAACCUGGGCCUCCUGCACUCAACCUCAGCGGGACGAAGCUCACCUUCAAAAAUGGUAAGUGGAUAUCAGAGGGAGGGGAGAGACCCAGCAAGUCCAAACGUGCCCUCCGGAAUCUGAAGCAGAAGAACCGAGUCCUGGAGGAGGAGAACAACUACCUGCGGGUGCGCACAGAGCUGCUGGUGGACAUGCUGGCAGAGAGCACUGCCCAUCUGCAGCUCCUAGAGGACGAGGUGGAGCGCAAGGCAUUCAGAGACACGAGGCGGCGCCAGUCUGUGCGUAGAGUCUCCAACGUCACCGCUUCCAACAUCCCAGAGCCCAUGUUGGUGGCAGAGUCCAGUGAGGCACAGAAGGAGUUGGGGAGAACCUCCAUCCCCACCACCACCACAAACACCACCACUGAGCCCAUGCUGAUUCCAGACAAUGCAGAGGGCAAGAAGGAAUCUCGCAGGUCAUCAGAACCAACCACUUCCACAGCUCAACUCAGAACGUUUCCAGAAACAAGGAAGGAGAAGAAGGCUGUGCGAAGAGCUUCAACACCACCUGGCUUCUCCACUGUUGAGCCCAUUAGUGGGAGGCCAUAUGUACUGUAGUAUAUGCGUAGAUUCUCCACCUCUCCAAAACUAAGACUAUAGCCUGUGGCCUUCACAUCCAAUUGUAGAAAAUAGAUGUCCAGUCCAGUCUAGUGCCGGUAAAUCGUAAUAAACAUUACUUUGAAGCACACUUAUAAAUUUGUGUGUUUAUGGAGAGGUGUGAGGCUAGGGGUCAUAUCAAUAAACGUUACACCAAAAUACAAUCAGCGCAAUUAUUUGUGGAAAAGAAUGAAAAUGUUACUAUUAUAAGAUAAAUAACAAUCCUGUUUGGAAUAUUUUUGGUUCUUUGUAUUAACCAUUUGGGUUGUUUGUUUCUUAGUUUUGUAACAUUAGCACAGUUUAAUUUAGCUUUUAAAAAUAUUAUCGGUGAAGAGGACUGCUGGUUUAGGAUUGGAACUUAAAUUUCAACCUGAAGGUGUGGGUUUCCAUUGACAGGAUAUACAUCUGUAGUUCUGAAUUUGAGUUUUGAUGAAGGCAGUUUUAUUUUUCCUGUUAAAAAAUACUGAAAGUUGAAAAAACUAUUUAGAAUAUAAAGAAAAGGCUAGUAAUUAACACUGGGAUACAUGCUUUUUACAACAUGCACUGCAAGUGUAGCCAUUCCUAUAUCAGAUGAACUGUUUGAACAGAAUUGAUUAGAUGUAAAUCUUACAAAUCAGAUGAGAGAUAUUGCGUUUCAUUCAGAUAAAGCUAGUUAAAUCUGUUGCUUGUUUACAGCAGAAACCCAACAACAGUCUUCAUGGUAUUAAGCUGUGUUAAAAUAAUCAAAAGAGGCUUUAAAAAACUCAAGGUCAUAUUGGUGGAAUGGAUUAAAACAACCAAUCACGUCCAAAGUUCAAAAGCGCUAAAACGGAAGGGGUAUCUCUGUAAUUGCUUUGCCUGCAGCAAUUUCUAAGGGGCUACUUAGAUGACACUUUCUCAGCAGUGGGGACAGAACCUUAAAUUAAAACUGGGCGGAGCAACUCUUGAGACAAUUUAGAAACAACAAUCAGUAUACAUUUUAAAAGCUUAAAAACACUAUGGCAGAAAAAAGUCAAAACAAACAAAACUGACAUUUUAUACAAAACAAUGAGGGUAUUCUGACCCAUAUGUUCAACCCAGACCUCCAAAUGUUGAGUAGAGCUCAGCUGGCCAAAUGUAUUGCUGUUAAAAUCCUGUAUUAUUAUGUAUUUAACACCCCCUGCCACACACACCCAGAGUGUACUGACUAUAUUGUACUCCAUCGGUCUAUGCAAUUACGGAGCCCUUCAGGUGUAGAGGAAGCACCAUUGCAUAGUGUUAACUGGAGUUUCCUGUGAUUGUGUGGUUAUUAGCACUCAGCACCCUGCUUUGGCAGCUAUCCCACUUCCUCCACACAGCCACAGAAAAGCUACAGAAGGCAGGAGCAAUCAACCGAAACAAGGGGGCAAAGCAAAGCAAUUUUCUUCAGUUUGCGUACAGUGCUUUGAUUAUAAGGUUCUGUUGAUAAGCAUGUACAGCGCUUGCAUGUGAAUAAACAUUGCAUAGAUACUGACGCUUUUGUUGUACAAUAUUAUUGUGUACACCUUUGGUAUUCAGUGAUUUUUUUCAAUACCCAAAUGGGUCAAAUAUUGUACUGUAGUUUUCUAAAAAUAUUUAUAUUUUAAAGACAAUACUAUGAUUCUUAAGCACUUCUAAAUCAAAUUAGUCUCAUGCUUGUAUUUUGAUCUGAAACCAUUCUCCAAGGACAUUAGUCUCACAUCUGCACUGUUCAUGUCUGAAUGAAAGAGGUGGUUUUGUUAAAAUGAAAUUAGUUUACUACUGGAAUUUUAAUCAAUAUCAGGAUGUUAAACCAGAGCAAAAUUGAGGAUGCUUUCUGAAAGCAGUUUACUGUACAAAAUAUUGACACAUGAGUAAAGCCCCAUUAUUCUCAGACUCAUUCUGCAUAACUGGUGAUCCUUUAUACAAGUUUACCACAGUAUUUUUAAAACCAUGCAAAUGGAGGUUAUUAGCAGUUACUUGUGCAGAAUUGUCUAAGUGUAAUGGAAUGGUAAUAAAAAUCUGAAAAUGGUUAAUGAAAGUACGUUGAUUUAAAUAGACAAAAUAGAAGCAAUAAAAUGGGUUAUUUGGCCCACAUGUCAUCUUGUGUUUGAAAGUGUCUCUAACGCAUUACAGAUGGAAUAAUGCCCUCAUGGUUUGGUUGUAAUGAUUUCAGUGACGUUUGUUUCUCACUUCUCAACUUG